AUGGGGAAGGCUUCCAAGAUAAGCACCAGCAUGUUGCGAGUUUGCCGCAGCAAACACAACAGCGGUGGCAGCACCCCCAGAGAAAGCCAGAUAUGGCUGGGAGGAACCCUGUCAAAUGCGCAGCAGCAGGAUUUCCAGAGCUUGGGACCAGCUACAGAGAAGGUGCCGUCUCCUCUGAGCUGCGGCCUGGUUUUCGGCACUGACAUGAGCCGCAAGUCUGAGAGAAUGAGGGAAAUCUCUGGGAACUCUGAGGACAUCCCUCUGGUACGCUGGCGGCAGCAGUGGCUGGAGAAUGGCACCCUUCUAUUUCACAUCCACCAUCAGGAUGGCAGUGUGAACCUACCUGAACCGACUGAAGACCCGGCCAACGAUUCCACAAAGGAAGAACUGCGCAUUCUCCAUAUUUCUGUGAUGGGCGGGAUGAUCGCCCUUCUGCUGUCCGUCCUGUGCCUCGUCCUGAUCCUGUACACCCGCAGGCGCUGGUGUAAGAGACGUCGCAUCCCUCAGCCCCAAAAGAGUGCCAGCGCAGAGGCGGCUAAUGAGAUACACUACAUCCCAUCCGUGCUGAUGGGAGGCCAGGCACGGGAAAGCCUAAGGAACUCCAGGGGCCAGGGGCCAAACUCUGGUGGCACCCUCAGCAUCAGGGAGACGCCGAUUUUGGAUGGGUAUGAGUAUGACAUUACAGACCUGCGGCACCAUUUGCAGCGAGAGUGCAUGAAUGGCGGGGAGGAAUUUGCCAGUCAAGUCACUCGUACUCUGGACUCCCUUCAGGGCUGCAAUGACAAGAAUAAUAUGGACCUCACACCAGUUACCUCCGACUUGUUUGCAGUGAAUGACAACACCAAGUUGGCCCUGAUGAAUAAAUACAAGGACAACAUCAUCGCUACAAGCCCACUGGACAGCAAUCACCAGCAAAACACCCUGCUACCACACAACACGUCUACCAGCCAACGCAAACGCCUCUCCAGCAACACCCGAGCGGGUUCAACUUUCUUGAACCCAGACGGGGACUCUGGGACGGAGGCAGACAGCGAGCCUCAGCUGGCCUUUUACACCGACCCAAAUCGCAGUCGGCGCCGGAGUCGAGGUAUGAGAAAUGGUAACGCCAACAGCGCGUGGGGCUCUGGGGCAGGUUCCCCACGGAGUCCCAUCAAUAAGACCACCCUGACUCUGAUCAGUGUCAUCAGCUGCGUGAUCGGCCUGGCUUACUCCUCUCACCUCGCCUGCAGCCUCUCAGUGCGAGUAAUCUUACAUGUGCCGGAGCACCUCAUAGCUGACGGAUCAAGGUUCAUUCUGCUCCAGGGAAGCCAGUUGGAUGCUUCAGAUUGGCUCAACCCAGCCCAAAUCUCGUUAUACUACCAGCAGAAUGCCAGUGGACCUUGGGUCAAUGAGCUGUGUGGACGACGCCUACUGGAUCCUUGCGAGCACCAGUGUGAUCCAGAGACAGGAGAAUGCCUUUGCCUUGACGGCUACAUGAAGGACCCAGUCCACAAACAUCUUUGCAUCCGCAGUGAGUGGGGGCCUAAUCAGGGUCCCUGGCCUUACACCAUCUUCCAGCGUGGUUUUGAUCUUGUCAUGGGAGAACAGCCCUCUGAUCGCAUUUUCAGAUUUACAUACACCCUGGGAGAAGGAAUGUGGCUUCCUCUGAGCAAGAGCUUUGUCAUCCCUCCCGCUGAGCUCGCCAUCAACCCGUCAGCCAAAUGCAAGACUGACAUGACAGUAAUGGAGGAUGCGGUAGACGUAAGAGAGGAGUUGAUGAUCAGUUCUUCGUUUGACUCUUUGGAGGUUCUCCUGGAUUCGUUUGGACCCGUAAGAGAUUGCACCAAAGACAACGGUGGCUGCAGCCGCAACUUCCGCUGUAUAUCCGACCGAAAGCUCGAUUCCACCGGCUGUGUGUGCCCUCCAGGGCUGAGUCCAAUGAAGGAUGGGACUGGGUGCUAUGACCACCACAUUGGCAUCGACUGCUCUGACGGCUUCAACGGCGGAUGUGAGCAGCUGUGCCUCCAACAGCUGGCCCCUCUAGAGGAUGACCCAACGCUCUACAACAUCCAGAUGUUCUGCGG